AUGCUCAAUCAUUCAAAGACUUCCGAUUGCAUUCAGCCAGAGGAAGACAACACCAGUUUCUAUGUGAAGUGGAUUCUCUGGUUGUUGAUAAUUUGUUGGUUUGGUAUUUCUUUGUGGUAUGAUUGUUGGCUCAAAUACUACAAAGGAAAGGUUAAAUGGAUAGAGAACAAAUUGUCAUUCCUGGAAGCUCUGAAAGAUGACCAUUAUCAACUUACCGAGGAAGCAGACAACUUAAGAUCACGAGGCCGUGAAUUCUGGGGUUCAGAAGAUCUAUCUGAAAUUAAUCUGUGGCUAAGCAAGGAAGAAAGUCUUUGGGUAAAUUCAACAAAGACACUGGUCAGUGAUGCAGAUGCCUGUAUCAAAAACUACAAAAAACAGAGCCAAACAAGGAUUCCUGGUUGUUUUACGGCUAUCCUUAGAUUGAUAUCCAUCAGAGAUGUUUUUCAUCAAAUAGAUAGAGUUAAAACAUCGGUGGAAGGUCAUCUUGAAAAUAAGGAUAAAGAUGCCAAGGACAUCUAUGACUCCAUGCAGAAGUCACGGUUGAGGAAUAGAAGUUUGCUGGAUCAAUAUGCAGCUGAGGAGAGCCAAAAGACAGUCAAAACUGAAGACGACAAAGAAGAUCAAAAGCAACGGAAGCCUUCUACUAGCAUUAAUGAAUUGAUGAGAAAGAGCAAUGAUCUAUUUUCAGGCAUGGAAAAGAGACGGUCUGUACAUCUGUUGCUUCCACUGCAUGCUUUCACAAAUGAAUUAAGUCAGCUGCAGUUGGAAACUAACACAGAAAAUCUCUGGAAAGGACAAGCUAAAAUGCUAAUUGCAGAAGCUGAAGACCUCAUCAGCGCCUACUCAUGGUGGGUAUCAUAUUUUGGCAGCAUAAGAGGCAUCCCCAUAGUAGGGACAAUGUUUAAGAAACACUUCAAUGGCAUCCCCAUUAAAACAACUCAAUUCGAAGAGGACAUGGAACGCAUUGUCGAUGAAUUCCAUAACCUCCUUGAUACAAAGAGCAAAUGGAAAUUUGAUUUCAUUGAUAGCGAUGCAAUGGAGUCUGAAUUACCAUUUCAGAAUGCAGAUGAUGAUGAAAUCACGUCAACUGUGAAUAGCAUCCGUAUCAAGCUAGACCAAAGUGGCUCAAAGCAAGAGCCAAUGAACUCGCUGUAUCAUCAAUUAGAGGAAAUGAAUAAGGAGCUUCGAGGAAGGAGGGAAGAAACAGCUGUAAGAAAAGCAUGCUUGGAGCACUUAAAGUCAAUUAGUCAGGAGGUGGACCAAUCAGUGUCCAAUUUCCUAAAAGAGAAAAUGAACAAUCCGGAGCUUCAGCAAAUAUUAAAGGCAACGGAUCUGCUUCAGAAAAUAGUAAAAAAUUGUUAUACCAAGAGGCAGAACUCACCCUCAAUUCCUGCUACGAAAAAUGUUGCAAAAGAAUUGGUCUCCAAGCUGACCACCAGCAGUGGUAAUCUUUUGACACUUUCCAUUGUGGGGAUGAAGGGGGUGGGGAAGACAACUCUGGCAAAGGCAAUCUUUUACAAUAAAGAUGUUAUAAACUACUUCCCCGUCCGUGUCUGGGUGGCCGAUGGAACUACCUCCAAAGUAAAAGUUCUUCUGAUGAAACAGGAUGGAACCAUAGACCACCAGGCAUUGUCCAUCACAGAGAGACUGGAAUGA